AUGUGUACAGAGAUCAUAACCCACAGCCAGCUUUGUGGUCAUAACGUCAGUAAUGUCCGUGUCUGCGAUGACGCCACCUACAUCUUCGGACACGGGCUGCAGCCCUGCGAGAACACCAAGAAGACAACUCAGAAUACAUCCAGCUACUGCACCUUCGAUUGCCCAUAUAGGGUCUACAAAAAGACAUGGGAGUGCUGCCAGUGUCAAGGGCCCAACCAACGCCGUCAAUGCUGCGCUUUCAAGGGUUGUAACCACCUGAUCUGCCGCGAGUGCAAGCCGCUUACUCCUCCUGAGAGGAGGCAACGGACAAAAGAAUCUACUCAGCCAUGUCAAUUACCGAUCAAGGACGACAUCAGCAGCGUCAAGGCUCAUGACGCGCGUCAGAGUUGUGAAACCCGAAACAGUUCGCCAUUCUCAAGAAUCCCCAUUUACGACGCUUCUAUUGGAGACUGGGUUUGA